AUGACACCGACACCUCCUUCUACAAACUCCUCGAGUGCUGGCCACUCUCCAGAUUACAGAGUCGUCCGGAAACGAAACCGGGUACCUUUGUCAUGUGGGCCUUGUCGGCACAGAAAGCUGAAAUGCAAUCGUACAAAUCCUUGCGAAAACUGUGUCAAACGAGGAGAUGCUGCUUCAUGCAACUAUGCGCAACCCAACUCGCGCAAGAAGAACUCGACCCAGCAAGUUUCCAAUACCCCAGAUGAUAUGCAAAACCGCAUCGAUCGGUUAGAGGGCUUGGUUCUUUCGUUGAUGACAAACGGCUCUCAGUCUGCUGGCCCGGCUGCUGCCAUGGCGGCACUCUCCGGGGAAAGUAGUGCGGGCUCGACUCGAUUCUCCCAUGACAUCGAUGCCGAAGAGGAGGGUAUGGAGGGCGCCGAAGAGAGCGACACGGAUCAGGUGACGAAGUCGUUUGGUAUCAUGAAGAUGGACAACAACAAGUCGUAUUACAUCAGCGACGCUCAUUGGGCGUCUGUGUUGAAUGAUAUCUCUGAGGUGCGAAGUUUCUUUACAACGCAUAAGAAGCAAAUCGAUGAGCAAGUUGCGAAAGUUAAAGCGGCCCACCCAGCUAGUGAUACAACAGGCGCGAAUUUGUUGUUUGGUAUCAACAAGUCGAUGAGCCGUGGGGAGAUCAUGAGUGGCUUGCCUUCUAAGUAUACGACUGACAUUCUUAUUGCUCGUUAUUUCAAUUGCUAUGACCCUGCGACACAUGUUCUUCAUGGGCCCACAUUCCAAGCACAGUAUAAUAAACAUUGGGAUGAUCCUGCUGCGACCGAACUUGUUUGGAUCGCCAUGCUCUUCGGAAUGAUGAGAUUGGCAAUGCUAUCUUACCACCGCGAGGGCGAUGAGCCACCUGAAUUCCGGGGAAAGUCUCUGGACAUGGCCGCGGGAUUCCGAAAUUCUGUAGCACAAUGCUUGACAUUGGCCGACUACACAAAACCUCACCCGUAUCUGAUUGAAGCGUUCGUAUUUCAUUUACAUGGCGAUUUCUCUCAGACUCGAGAGGCGGACAUUUCUAUCUGGGUCAUGACUGGCGUUGUUGCUCGCCUGGCAAUGCGAUCAGGAUAUCACCGCGACUCCAAAAUGUUCCCAAACAUCACGCCUUUCCAAGGUGAGAUGCGACGGCGAGUGUGGACAUUUGUGCGCCAGGCCGACCUUCUGUUCUCAUACCAGGUCGGGCUGCCGGGGAUGAUCCGAGGUGCGGAGAGCGACACUGAGCUACCACGGAAUUUGAACUCCCCCCCUCGUCAGCUGAAUGAGCCAACACCAAUCUCGUAUUUGAUUGCUAAGGCGCGCCUGGCAUAUGUAUUCGGUAAAGUGGUUGAUCAAAGCACUGGGAUCGCGACAGCCUCAUACGAAAAGGUGAUGGAAAUCGACGCGGAACUCCGACAAGCAAGAGACAUGAUCCCUGACCACUUGCGUAUUCGGCCUAUGGAGGAGUGCCAGUUGGAUCCCGUUAAUCUGAUCAUGUCACGGUUUAGCGUAAUGGCUGUAUACAACAAAGCUCAGUGUGUGCUUCAUCGCCCGUAUGUGGUUCGCGCACGAGAAAAUCCCCGUUUCACCUAUUCUCGAAGGACGUGUAUCGACUCAGCAAUGGAGUUAUUGCAAGCCCAGGCGCUUCUGCACGCGGAAACGCGCAACGGACGCCUACGCAGUCGCCAGAGCCGAGCAAGUUCCCUCAGUUCAGCCGACUUCUUACUCGCAGCCACUAUUGUUACUCUCGACCUAUACCACGGCCUGUCAUUGCAGGUGAGCGGCCGGCCAUCGGGGGACACGUACACCUGGGGCCGAGAGCGGCGCGAUGAAAUGACUGCCGCGAUCCAACACUCAAAAGAAAUUUGGGAUGAGUCGCUUGAUGAGAGCAUGGAAGCAUGGAAGGCAUCCAACAUACUUGGUUUGAUGCUUAGCAAGUUGCACAUGACGGUCCCAGGGGUUGAAAAUAGCGCCGGAGCUGCUUCUUUUGAGCCACAAGACGAGAAACAGAACGCGGCCAUGACCCUUGGCCUGCUGAGCAGCGGAAUGAGCCCGAUGAACCCGGGCCCGCCGCCAUUUGCCGAUCCCAUGUUCAAGAUGGGAGAGUCACCAAUGGGAACAGGAGCAGGUGGCGUGGCCGAAAUGCCGGGUCCACUUUCGCCCUUUAGCAGCAUGUUCGGACAGAUGCCGGACAUGCAGGUCAAUCUGGAUUGGGAUGCUUGGGACACAUACAUCCAAAACCCCACCCUCGACACAUCCAAUCAAUUCUGGCCCAUGAUCGAUGCACAGCGCCAAAUCACCCCACAGUCUGGAAGCAUGUCACAGCCUUCAGUGCCUAGUCCUCUGACCUCAAGUCGGGGGCCAUCGAUUGGUGGUGUUUCCCGGCCAUCAACAAUGUUCUCAGCAUCCUCCAACAGCCCCGACAGUGGAGGUGUGCCGGUAACAGGAUACGGUAUGCCGCCAAUGCCUCAACAAAACAAUGGUCGGGGCCAAGUCACGUGUCGGUGCUUAUCUGCCGGGGAAAAAGUAACUGGCUUCGCGGGAUUCUUCUCCAGUCAACAUAUCAUUUCUAAUAAGCAUUGCUUCCGCCGGGCCGUUUCUCGGCUUCAAUUGUCCCCAGCCACUUCUCGUUCAUCAAUCACUGCUUCUAGCUCGGUGCUGCGUUCAACAUGUCCCACUCCCGCGCGGUUCGCCUACCCAACCCUCACACAGACACGGUUAAACUCGACCAAUGAAGGCGGUCCACGAAUUCCGGUAAGAUAUGUUGAGGCUGUCAAACCAGAGACAACGCCAGAGAGCUACCGCGCGGAAAGACAAGAACGCAGACGUCAGUAUAUGAGCGAAGGCCCUAUACCGAAGACCACCGUGUACGUCGGCAACCUCUUCUUCGACGUAACCGCAGAGGACCUGCGCAAGCAGUUUGAGAAAUUCGGUGCCGUGGAGAACGCAAUGAUUGUGCACGAUGCUCGCGGGUUGAGCAAAGGUUUCGGCUACGUUACCUUCACCAGCAUCGAGGAAGCCACGGAAGCAAUCACACAACAGCACGGAGGCGUUUUCGAAGGCCGCGAUCUGGUCGUGCAGUUCUCCAACACGGUAUACAGAUCCAUGGCCGACAACAAGCCCAGCAAGACCCUCUACGUGGGCAACAUACCCUACGAGUUGACAGACCAGGAUCUGCAGGAUCUGUUCGAUGAUGUUCACGGUAUCACGGAUGUCCGCAUCCCUGUUGACCGUCGCACGGGCUUGCCCCGUGGAUUCGGACACGUCGACUUCGCCGAUCAGAACAGCGCUUCCCACGCCAAGGAGGUUCUCUCCCGCAAGGCGCCUUACGGCCGCAAGUUGAGUGUUAACUUUGCUAAGCGCAAGGUCUUGACUCCCGAGGACCACCUGCGUCACCAGCAGAAGAAGCUUGAGAAGAAAGGCAACAACAAACGCCAAGGUGCCCAGGGUGAUGCCGAGCCUGAGCAGACCUUGAAUCACACUGAGGCUGAGCAAAAGCAGUAG